GUUGCGUCCCCUGCACGUUAGCGUCUCCCAACGGUUGUUUUGGCACCGCACACCCUAUCUAUGGUAUAAAGUCCGCACUGCGCCUAUUGCGAACAUACUCCUAGCAGUACAACACCAACAUGACUUCAACCGUAGUUGUUCUCACUGCACUCCUCGCCGCUUUGGUCGGCCACUCUGCUGCUUCCGCAGUCGUUGCCGCCCCCGCUGCCUAUGUCAACUCUGCCCCGUACAACAUCCCGCCUUACGCAACCAGUGUCAAUGCAUACAGCCGCAGCCUCGUAUCUCCCUACGUUGCCGCCCCGUAUGCCGCAGCUCCCUAUGUAGCAGCAUACGCUAACCCCGCAUCCCCGUAUGUUGCUUCUCCAUAUGCCGCUCCGUACGUCGCAGCUCCUUACGCUGCCGCCCCUGUGGUCGCUGCCCCCUACGCGGCUGCCGCCCCCGUAGUCGCUGCCCCCUACGCGGCUGCCGCCCCUGUAGUCGCUGCCCCCUACGCGGCUGCUGCCCCUGUAGUCGCCGCCCCUGUAAAAUACGCCGCUGCCGCUGCAGUUCCAGCUGUCGUCCCUGCAGCCGUUCAAGGAAAAUAAAAACCAACAAUUAGAAUAACUUACUAAUAAACAGUUUCAAUCUUA